AUGGAGGCCUAUAAGAAUGUCGAUGUCACCGUUGCCACUUCGACCGAUGUUGUCAAUUCAUCAGCUGCCAGGACAACGUCAUUUCCAACGAACUCGUCUCUUCCUUCGACAGCUGAGUCUAUAUACACCUACCCAGAGCUGGUCUUCUGUGCCGUGGGUUUCUUCAUCCUGGUCGCUGGGACACUCAUUGGUAACAGCCUGGUGUUGGUUGCCGUGGCCCGUACCAAGAAACUCCAGAACGUUACCAACGUGUUCGUGGUCAACCUGAGCGUGUCUGAUUGUCUCUCUGGGUUCGCUUUCCUGUGGAGCGUACCGGGUAUGGUGAGUACCACACCAGGCUACCCGCUGCAUACUGAUGUUCCCUGUAUCAUAUCGGCUGUUUUCGUUUUAAUGGCGGUAUCUUGUAGCCUAAACACCCUUGCAAACAUCGCCCUGAACAGGUGCAUCCUAAUCACCAGGUCUGUGGAGACCUACCAGUGGCUAUACACACCCAAGAAGAUUGCCUUGAUGGUCUUGGGCUCCUGGCUCGUCCCUUUGUGUGCCGCCAUCAUACCUCCAUUAUCUGGUAUCGGCGAUCUCGGUUUCGAUCCUGAAAGUCGAACUUGUUCUGACAUUGACACCCACCCUAAAGGUGCUACCUACGAUAAGAUUCAGUUUGCAUUCUUCUAUCCGCUUCCUUUUGCUGUGAUCUUCGUCUCCUACGUCCUGAUCUGGCGAUAUGUCAAAAAACAUUUCAGGAAGCGCCGGCAACAAAUGAGCGAGCGUUUGCAGUCUUCCACAGUCGUGCAGACCGCUCCUUCGUCCAUCUCCAUGCUUGAGAUAGACGACAGCACCUCGAGGCGCACCCGCAACCAGCAGGCAUCGCUUCGACGCACCGGGAGUUCCCGUCAGCUGACUAGCAGCAAGCACGACCAACUGGCAAUCACCAAGAACCUCUUCGUGGUCGUCUUGGCCUUCGUCGUUUGCUUCACCCCUCUCGCCAUCAUGGUGGUUACCAAGAGCCAACGUUACCAGCUGUACAGCGCCCUCAUCCUUUUCCUGAGUGGCUGCAUCAAUCCUCUCAUCUACGCCGCCAAGCAUCCACACUUUUCUCCAGUCUUAAGAGCCAUGGUGCGAUGCAGAUCCUCACCAGAAUAGCGACAGAGGUACUACUCCAAAUAUCGCAAAGUUCCAACGAGACUCUGAUAACUAAAAUAACCGGGAUUAAAUUUCCUCCACAU